AUGGCGCCAAUUGUUGUCAACAAUAUUGAAGUGCUUCAAUGCUCCACGCAGCGUCCACUUUGGCCGCAGCCCAAAGAGCCAUCCCGUCUAUUGCUGCAAGCCGGCAGCAAGAAGACCCCGGACCAUCGCUCUCUCCCUUGCGACAUCAUCCUUGAACGCGACCAGCCGGUGGCUGUCAGAGACGGGGUUCGCAUCCGGGUUGAUAUCUAUCGGCCGAAGACGGGCGAGAAGGUUCCUGCUAUCUUGAUGUGGUCUCCGUAUGGGAAGAGUGGUACAGAAACUGAUCAUUCCCAAAGUCUCGAUCCCGCCGAGUGGGUGCCCAAAGGCUACGCCAUCGUCAAUGUGGAUGCCAGAGGAAUCGGCGACUCCGAAGGCGAUGUCCGGGGAGCUGCAGAAGGUCGAGACGGCCACGACACCAUCGAGGAAGUCGCAAACUUGGCCUGGUGCACCGGAAAGGUCUCUCUAGCAGGCAACUCCUGGUUGGCGCUGGCGCAGUGGUUCAUCGCCGCGGAAAGGCCUCCUCACUUGGCGUGCAUCGCGCCGCUGGAAGGCGGUAGCGAUCAUCUACGAGAGGGCAUAUGCAGGGGCGGGAUUCCUACGCCCGGAUUCGUGGAGAUGAUACAGCGCGUGUUAUCAGGCCGUCAGGAACUGGAGGACAGCGUGGCGAUGAUGGAGAAGUACCCCAACUGCAGAGACUACUGGGACGAUAAGCGAGCGCGAAUGGACAAGAUUGAGGUCCCCGCGUAUAUUCUGGGAAGCUUUUCAACGAUGCUGCACACGAUUGGGAGCUUUAGAGGGUUCGAAGAGAUCCCGCAUCAGAAGAAAUGGAUUACAGUGCAUGCCACGCAAGAGUGGUUCGACUUGUACCGCAAAGCAAGAACCGAAAAUCUGCAAAAGUUCUUUGAUCACUACCUCAAGGGCAUUGGAAACGGAUGGGAGCAAACACCGCCGGUGAGACUUGCCGUACAAGGCUUCAAUAAGCCGCCCAUUCUGGACCUGCCCUUCGGCCAGCUGCCUUGGCUCGCACCCGCCGCCACGGACUCUACACAAACCCGUCUCUACUUGAGUCACGGCAAGACUUUGAAGCCAGUGAACGAUUCCAAGUACAUAGCAUUGGGCUACGGAGACACGGAACACCUCACCUUCACUUACGUGUUCGACCAGCCGAUAAAACUUCUGGGCCCGACGAAGCUUGUUGUCAGCAUUUCCUGCCCCUCAAAGCCCGAUUUCGACCUCGAACACCUCAAUAUCCCCUUGGAGGAUCUUGGUAUAUCCGAUCAAAAGGAGGCCCCAAGCAUCAACCCGCUCAAAUACCUCGGACCGAACGGCAGGCUUCGCGCUUCGAAGCGGAAGGUUGCACCGGAGAUCUCGCUGCAUUACUGGCAGACGUUGGCGCACGAUGAGGAUAUGCCGGUGGCGGCGGGGGAGGUCGUCAAGAUGGAGGUCUGGAUAUGGCCUACUGCUAUCCAGUUUGACACUGGGGAACAGUUGGUUGUGAAAAUUGCUGGCACAUGUGUAUUUACCCUUCCUGAGUUUGAGUUCAUGAGACAAGAGCCGAUGAAAGCUGCACCUCAGAUUGUGCAUGUCGGUGGAAAGUAUAAGAGCUGA